CUCUUUCCAUAUUUUUCGCACGGGUAAGUUUGUCCUUUUUUUUCGUUCCCCAAUAAUUGUUUGUAUGUGUGGACUAAGGAAUUUUUGCUUCUGACAAUGUUUUAUAACCAGAAGCUGUUUCUCUAUUGGUAAAAUGUGUUGAUUGUAUGUUUCUGUAAUAGUCUAGGAUAUUGCAAGCAUGUCUUGUGUAUUGUUACAUAUAUCUUAUCAGAUACAGACGAUAAUUCCGCGUAUACACAGACAAACUGUCAUCACUAUCGAAAAUAAGCCUGUCAUGUUAAACAAGUGAGGAUAUUCUGGUGAAUUCAACAAUAUCAUUGCCAAGUAAGUAUAAUCAAAGUGCCACCUCGUAAUCAUUCAGUUGCUCCAUGCAUAGUCUUUCAUUUCUGCAGGAGUUUACUUGCUGAAAUAAUCUGUUCACCAUACGUAAUUUGCGUAGGUCGGAGAUCUGUAUAGGUUUUCCGCUUCCGACUAUGAUAAGCAAUUGUUCAAGCCAUGGCUGUUUUUUUUCUGAUCCCACUAUCAGGUUUAGUGGAGAUUUUCGGUAAUCCCUAUAGUACGAUCUGUCACUCUUGUGCAAAAGCAUCAUUCAUUCUACACGAACUAUAUACUUUCCCAAAUAUUUCGUGACUGGCUUGAGUAUCAGUUCUAUUUGUUUAUUUACACACUUUGUUGAUAGACAAUAGCCGGGAAUUUAUGAUGGACACCAUUUCUAAUAGUAUUUUUGUGCUGAUUGUUCCUUGAGUUUGACCUUUGCACUUUUUUGUUACUGUAGCUACGCAAAAUGCCACGCCGUUCCAACGCUAAUCCUGACGAAAGUCCAGUAACCAGACGUACUAGUGCCCGAAUUGCUGCUGCACAGGCAGCGUCCCCUGCCAAGUCUCCGGCUAAAUCUCCCCGUCGUAAAUCUACUGAACAAGCUAAAACGGUUUCUGACGACACUGAGUCACAACAGUCACAAGUUAAGAGUGAGAGUAGUAUGGAAGAGCUGAAUGGUAUCGAUACUAGUUCUGUGAAGGAUUCUGAACUAACUCAUGAUCUAACGGAAAUACCUCACAAAAAGACCAAGGUUGAUAAGGAAUCAGACGAUGAUCAUUUGUGUUCCGAUCACGAAAAGAAUGAAGUUAAGGUACCGAAGGAAAAUGACGCGGUCGUAAAUCAAACUCAAGAUUCAAAUACAACCUCUACCGACUUCGAAGUUAUCGAACAUAGUUCAGUACCACCACCUGACAGUGCUGAGGUCAAAGCAGCCAUCUCGGCCCAAGGCGAGGACGGUCAGUUAUUGGUUGGAUUUGUGCAAGUGAAUAAGGAAGAUUUACCGACCCCUAAUAGUUUGGAAACCAAACAAGCUUCAGCCGCUUUGGAUUCGUUUAAUGAAACAGUGACAUGUGGCUCAGAAAGUGUUAAAAGGAUGGAUCCUAAUGUAGAACACUGUAUGAAUAACCUAAAUGGUAAUUUUGGGUCCCAAGAGCCUAGCAAAGAUGAACCUUCAAAACCCAAUGGCACCGUACAUGUUGAAGCUCACCACAAAACUCCCGUUCCCAUUGAAGAACCAGUUAUCCAACCACUUGUUGCUCCUGUUGCGGGGGAUAUUGUUCUCGAUGCUGUACCCGAAGUGGUUUCUCAACAGUAA